CCCCUGCGCAAAUAACAGAGAAAAAUGAACUACGUGUCCCUAGCAACAUCACUCCGUAGAAUUCAGAGUUUAUAAAGCCUUAUUCACCGUUUUCGAUCUUUAGAUCCCUAGAACUAAUCGUUGUUUUCACGCAUUUUCCUUUACUUGAUAGCAUCCCUGCUGCUACACAAAUUAAACAAUUAUGGAUUUCCAAAAUCGUGCCGGUGGCAAAACCGGCAGCGGUGGUGUGGCGUCAUGGUCCGAAACCAAUCGUGAUCGCAAGGAGCGUUUACGCCAAUUGGCUUUGGAGACAAUCGAUCUGAACAAGGAUCCCUAUUUUAUGAAAAAUCAUUUGGGCUCAUAUGAAUGUAAACUUUGCCUAACGCUGCACAACAAUGAAGGCUCCUAUUUGGCCCAUACACAGGGCAAGAAACAUCAAGAGAACUUGGCCCGUCGCGCCGCCAAAGAGGCCAAGGAAGCCCCGUCAAUGAUGGCUCCCGAAAAACCUCGCGUUGAACCUAAGAAAUUUGUGAAAAUUGGUCGUCCCGGUUAUCGUGUGACCAAACAAAGGGAUCCCAACAAUGGGCAACAGUCUUUGCUCUUCCAAAUUGAUUAUCCCGAAAUAACGGAGGGCAUUAUACCCCGCCAUCGUUUUAUGUCAGCCUAUGAACAAAAAAUCGAACCUCCAGAUCGUAAAUGGCAAUAUUUGUUAUUUGCCGCCGAGCCCUACGAAACAAUUGGCUUUAAGGUGCCGUCACGAGAAGUUGAGAAGACGGAGGGUAAAUUCUGGACUCACUGGAAUCGAGAUACAAAGCAAUUCUUUUUACAAUUUUCAUUUAAACUGGAACCGAAAAUUAUACCACCUCCACCACCGAAUUUACAUCGGGCAUUGGGUGCACCGGCGGGCUUUCCUAUGCCUGGGCCACCAAGACAUAUAUUUAAUGGUGUACCACCACCACCUCCAAUUGGCGUUCUACCUGUGCCGCCGCCGCCCAUGUGAGAAGAGGAUAAUUCUGCUUCUGCAAAUAGUUGAGAGUGAAGGAAGCAGAAAUAGAUGGCAAUUAAGUGGGAAUAAUUUUUGUAAUAAGCAGUCAUAGAUUUUAUUAAAAAAAAGGUUUUGCAAAGCCUGAUAA